AUAGCUUCAAGAAAAAUGGAAGAUCAUAUUUUUAAUGCAAUUUUACUACUCAUAUCUUUAACUUUUUUCUCCAUUUUCAUAUGGAAAAUAACAAAACUAUGCAAAUUUUCAAAAUCUCAAUACCCUUUCCCGCCGGAAAUACCAGGUGGCUGGCCGGUGAUCGGUCAUCUCCUCCAAUUUUCCGGUAAAGGCAACAUCACUUUAUCGAAAAAACUCGGAUUUUUAGCCGAUAAAUAUGGCCCGGUUUUCAGUUUCCGGCUAGGUUUACCUCGUAUAGUGGUCGUUAGUAGUUAUGAUGCUGUUAGAGAUUGUUUGAAUACUAAUGAUAAAGUACUUUCCGACCGGCCGCCGAGUUUGGCCGGUGAAUAUAUUGGUUAUAAUAAUGCUAUGCUUUUUUUAGCUACUUAUGGUAAUUAUUGGAGAAAAGUUCGAAAAAUUGUUAUAAUGGAAGUUUUAUCAAAUAGUAGGUUAGAAAAAAUGAAAAAUGUUAGAGUUUCUGAAGUUCAAAUGAGUAUUAAAGAGCUUUACUCUUUAUUUUCAGUCACCAGAGAUAAUUUGCAUUCGGUGACGACCGGAGAUAGUUUUCCGGUAAAAGUUAAUCUUACGAAGUGGUUAGAAAGGUUAACUUUGAGCUUAAUAUUCAAACUGGUAGCUGGAAAAAGCUAUCGAAGCCUUGAAAAAGGGGGGAAUGAAGAAGAAGAAAUUGAAAGAUUUAAGAAAGCUUUAAAGGAUUUUGAUUUUGUGUAUAUUGCAAUGGAGUUUAACUUAUGGGAUGCAUUUCCUAUUCCUUUAUUCAAAUGGAUUGAUUUUCAAGGGCAUGUUAAGUUUAUGAAAAGGGCUUUUAAAGAUAUUGAUUGUGUUUUACAAAAAUGGUUGGAUGAACAUGUGAAGAAGAGAGAAGAAGUUGAUGAUGUUGUUGCUGGAAAUGAAAAAGAUUUUAUUGAUGUGCUUAUCAGCAAUGAAGAUUUUGCAGAUAGUUAUACUAGAGAAACCACCAUUAAAGCUACAGCUCUGGUGAGUACUGUCUUUUGUUGCUAUAUAUACAUUGCAUUUCUUGAAAUAAUCUUUGUUUUUUAGAGCGAUAAUCAACUCUGUAAAUAUCGAUCGAAAUUUGAACCUUUGUAUGCAAUUUCAAAAAGCAUAACAAUUGAAAUGGGUAGUCUGUAUUGGUAUCA